AUGAAGACAGCAGAAGAAUUGAAAACCGAAGGUAACAAGGCAUUUGCUUUGAAAGAAUAUAAAAAAGCAGCUAAGAUUUAUCGAGAUGCAAUACAAUUGGAUACGUACAACCCUGCAUUAUAUUCCAAUAGAGCACAAUGUUUUUUAAAUCUAAAAGAUUAUGAGAGAGCUUUGAAGGAUGCCAUUAAAGGAUUAAGUUUGACAGCUCCUAAAGAAUUGAGUGUGAAGCUCAACUAUAGGAAAGCAAUGGCACUACUAGGCUUGGAAUGUUGGCAGAGUGCAAAAUUUGCAUUGGAAGAAGUAUUGAAGUUAGAUCCUCAAAAUCAAGCAGCUAAAACAGCUUCAUUAAAAUUACAGGAAAAGAAUCAAGUUUAUUCAAAUGAAGGUGGCAACAUACUGAUACAAAAAGUUGAUAAUUUACCGAGUCGUUUUGCGGAUUUGUUGCAAGCAAAAACCACGAGAGCUAAUGAGAUGGAAAUAACACCAGACCAUCACCAUCAAACAUCAAACGAGUUAGAUAAAGAAAUAAAUAAUUUGUUUGGAGCAUCGAAUACAAGAAAUAACUUUGAAACUCAAUCUCAAUCGCAAUCGCAAAACACAGCUGAAACGAAAAAACGACUGCCCAUGCACUUGUUAGAUGCGUUGACACAAUUACCAAGUUCGAAGAAAAUAAAUGGAUUUAAAUAUGUUUUAAAUCUUGAUCCACAAUCUUAUUCAGAGUUGUUCUCAAAAUCCGGUAUAGAUACUGAAUUUUUGAAUUUCUUCUUAGAUGCAUCCAAGACUGCUUUGCUGGAUAAUAUUAUUUCGAAUCCAAAUCAAGUGAUACUAUCUCAUUUAAAACAGUUUAGCACAUUUAAGAGAUAUGAUUUAACAAUCUUAAUGUGUGAUGAUAAUAUCAAAAACGCAAUAAUAGAAGUUGUUGCUGAAAAAUUUCCACAAGAUUUAACUAUUUAUAAGAAAUUUAUACAUUAA